GCGCGACCCCGCGACCCGGCUCACCGGCCGCUGCUCCGAGACCCCGGCGCCCGCCGGUCGGAGCCGCCCCCGGGCCCGAGCGAGGACGGCUCCCUCCUCGCCAGGCUGUUUGAACACCCGCUGUACCAGGUCGCGGUCCCCCCGCUAACGGAGGACGACGUCCUCUUCAAUGUGAAGAGCGACAUCAGGUUCAACCCCAGGGCAGCGGCGGAGAACCCCAACUGGCCACAGGAAGGUCCCGAGGACGAGCAGCCCUCGCCCACCGGGGAGGCGGCGGCGGACGCCUACCCCAACUGGCUCCGGUUCCACAUCGGCAUCAACCGCUACGAGCUGUACUCCAGACACAACCCCGCGGUCGAAGCCCUGCUGCACGACCUCGGGGUGCAGAGGAUCACCAGCGUCGGUAGGUGCCCGCGCCCCGCCUUUCCAUGGGGCCGGGCUGCUGGGGCUGGAGAGCUGGGAAGCCGGCCACCUGCUGGAGGGGCGCUGCCCGGGCGAUUUAUGCCGCGGGCUUCCAGGUGGAGGCGCCUGCAGGCUGGGCCGCCUUGUGCUGUUGCCAGCCUCGUCAUGACGUUCCAGAAUUAUGGGCAAGCGCUGUUCAAGCCCAUGAAGCAAACGAGAGAGCAGGAGACGCCCCCGGACUUUUUUUAUUUCUCUGACUACGAGAGACACAAUGCGGAGAUCGCCGCCUUCCACCUGGACAGGAUCCUGGACUUCCGCCGGGUCCCCCCUGUGGCUGGCAGGACGAUCAACAUGACCAAGGAAAUCCGGGAUGUCACACGAGACAGGAAGUUGUGGAGAACAUUCUUCAUCUCGCCAGCCAACAACGUCUGCUUCUACGGGGAGUGCUCCUACUACUGCUCCACGGAGCACGCGCUGUGCGGGAAGCCGGACCAGAUCGAGGGCUCGCUGGCCGCCUUCCUGCCAGACCUGUCGCUGGCCAAGAGGAAGACGUGGCGGAACCCCUGGCGACGCUCAUAUCACAAGCGCAAGAAGGCGGAGUGGGAGGUGGACCCCGACUACUGCGAGGAGGUGAAGCAGACGCCCCCAUAUGACAGCAGCCAUCGCAUCCUGGACAUCAUGGACAUGACCAUUUUCGACUUCCUCAUGGGAAACAUGGACCGCCACCACUACGAGACGUUCGAGAAGUUUGGGAACGAGACGUUCAUCAUUCACCUGGACAACGGAAGGGGGUUUGGGAAGUAUUCCCACGACGAGCUUUCCAUCCUGGCACCCCUACAGCAGUGCUGCAGGAUCAGGAAGUCCACGUACCUGCGGCUGCAGCUCCUGGCCAAGGAGGAUUACAAGCUGAGCCUGCUGAUGGCAGAGUCCCUGCGGAAGGACCGGGUGGCCCCCGUCCUGUACCGGCCGCACCUGGAGGCCCUGGACCGGCGGCUGCGUGUCGUCCUGCGCACCGUGAGGGGCUGCGUGGAGAAGGACGGGCUGCGCAGUGUGGUGGACAAUGACCUGGACCCCGAGCACAGAGGCUCCACCCAGAGGUAGUGACCACGAGUCGCCGGCCCGCGCUGCAGAGGGACACAGUUCCCGCACCAUGGGGGGACACAGGUGCCCGCGCCGCGGAGGGACACGGGAGCGCGCCAUGAACUCGAGCCACCGGCCAGCUCCCGGUUGGGAACCUCGGAAACGUGAGGUCAUCGGCAGUGGGUCCCACGGAACGCAGUCUAUUCGUUUUCAAGGCUGGACAUGGUUGGGGAGCGGGCGCCCUGUGCUCACGGACAGAGGUGGCCGACGGCAGGGCGACCCCCCCACUUCUUGUAGGGAAGAGAAGUCUUUAUUGAUGGUUUUGUAUUCAUCCACGGAUCCUAUGUACAUAAACAGACGUCUGCCAGGCCCCAGACCACCCACCAAAUUCACGCGAGAGGGCCGCACCCCUCGGCCAGGUCCUGGAAAGGGUCCUGGCGCCCCAGACCCGGCUCUGAAUAAAAACCCUUCUGUGCUCCCCUCCGGGGUCACGUUGGGGCCACGAGUCCCUUCGCGGAUUUGCGCUGACAGACGGACACGCGCACGUGGUUCUCGAGUGGCAGAAAUGACCAGCUGUCCUGGCAGCGCCUGGACUUCGUUGGGUGGCGCCGGGCCGCAGCUCGUCCGACUGCUUCGGGGACCUGGUGUAGCUGCGUCCCGCGCGCGGACCCCGCGCCGCCGGCAGCGGGCUCGCCUCCGCCGCAUUUUCGUGGAAUAGUUUGCAAUGUGAGAAAGUGCAAUAAAGAUACAGCAAAUGUGUUAGGGGCCUGGGGGGUCCAGGUCUCUCGCA